AUAGGUCAGCCUUCAACUGGAGCACACAAUAACUGUGUGCUGUCAACAGAACUUUCCCAAACUUUUUCGCUGCCUCGUUGAUAGGACACGCGCGUCCCUAGCAACAGGGGCCUGUACUGCCAGGCAUGUUGUACUGUGGCAACUUGGCCAGGCUUUACGCCAGAUAAGGUUAGGUGUAUUUUCUUCUCAGCGACAGGAUAUAUCGUAGGAUGUCGGUAUUGAUGAUCAACUGAAAAAACUGGGCGGUGUGUUUUUUGGUUGCGUUUGUUAGAACUAAACAGUCAUGAGCUCUAAACGUGGAGGUAAAAAGAAGGAUGACAAGCCUCCCCCAGCGACGGGCCCCGGCAGCAAGAUCAUCGCCCUGCCUGAACCGCUCCGCAAGGGCCACAUCAAGCGGCUGGAAAACUCUAAGCUCGUGCACCUACAGUUCGGCACCGCCAACAUGAAGUCACUUCCGGUGGAGAUCUACAACAACGAAGAGCUGAGCGCGCUGACUGUGAGAUUGAACGCUGAGAACAACCGCUUAAAACGACUGCCCAAGUCGAUCUCCGCCUUGGAGAACUUAGAGCACAUUGACAUUCGCAACAACAACCUUUCGUCCUUCCCCGCGUCGGUGGCCAAACUGUCCAAACUCAAGUAUUUAGACUUGACCGCCAAUAGAAUUAAAAAACUGCCCAAUCCAAUCCACAAGGCAGCAAGUUUGAGCACGCUUUUAGCGUCUAAAAAUAGAAUACGGUCUUUGCCUAAAAACAUCGGGAAAUCUGCAAGCUUGCUGUAUAUAGAUGUGUCAUUUAAUAUGAUCAAGUCUUUUAAAAAAGGCGUGUAUGAGACGGGGGCGUUCAUUAACUUCAGCAACAACAGAAUCACGGAGAUGCCACCUGGGACCGUCAAAAAACCCCACAUUAAAAAACUGGAUCUAUCUCACAACUCCAUAGCCUUCAUACCAGAUACCAUCGAUCGGCUGUCCACAUUGACGUGGAUAGAUCUAUCCCAUAAUUCACUCGACGAACUGCCGGCACAGAUAGGGAUGAUUAAAUAUCUUCAUUAUCUGGAUGUCUCUCACAACUCAAUCAAAGUCCUGCCCGAUGAGAUCUGCGCCCUCGGCUACGCCAUCGACACGCUGAAACUGGCCAACAACGAGAUCGCGCUGUUGCCGGACAACCUUGACCGACUGAUGAAGCUGCGCGUGCUGGACGCGUCCAACAACCAGCUGGAGUACAUGCCCACGGCCGUCAACAGCCUGCCCUGUAUAGAGGACAUCAACGUGUCGGGCAACAAGCUCACCUCCAUGAAGUUCGCGGUCUCUCUCAAGGGUCUAGUCAGCCUACAGAUCGCCAACAACAAGGUGGAGGUUGUGCCUGAUGACAUCAACAAGAUGAAGACACUGGUCACGCUUGACUUGUCGUGUAACGGCAUCAAGGAGCUGCCGUCCACGUUAGGCCUGGUCAAGACGCUGAAGGUGCUGAAUCUGUCCCAGAAUAAGAUCAAAGAGCUGCCAGACACACUGGGCAAGGAGCAGGUGCUGACCUUCCUGGACGUGUCACAGAACAGACUCAGCCAGCUGCCGCCUGACCUGAGGAAACUCAGGAACCUGGAGACUUUCCACAUACACAAGAAUGAGAUCACCACAAUACCCAAGUCUAUCGAGUUCCUCUAUCAGGUGCGGUCAUUGAACAUCAGCUCUAACAUGAUUAACGAGAUGGUGCUACCAAAGACCUUGACCCACCUGUACCUGUCAGACAACCCACUGACCCUCAACUAUGACGACCACAAGUCGCUGUUUUUUGUCAUGGGGGACAAGGAUCACAUUCGGAAUCUCACCCAUCUCGAAUUAUGCAAACUUGAUCUGGACGAAUUGCCUCCUGCCUUGUUUAACUGUCGUCUGCUCAAAGUCUUAAAUAUUUCUGAUAACCGUUUGAGGACAUUAAGCGACCAGACUUGCAAACUUCGGGCACUUGAAGAACUGGAUGCUAGCAGGAAUAACCUUGAGGACUUGCCUGGCGCGCUCAGCAAUUUACAUAAUCUCAAGGUCAUUAAAGUUACAGAGAAUGGCAUCACAGAAUUUCUUCCUGGCAUCUUAAAGCUGAGCCACCUGGAGGAGCUGGACAUGAGCUACAACAGGAUGCGCCUUAUGCCAGACGACUUCGGCAACUUGAACAAGCUCAAGAAACUGGACCUCUCCAACAAUGAGCUGGUCAUCUUCCCACAGGACCGGGUCGACGUCCUGGCUUCACUCAUUGAGCUCAACGUUUCCAAGAACCACAUUGACGUCAUGCCCAUGGGUUUCCCUUACCUCUACCGUCUCAAGGUGCUUAACGCCAGCGGCAACGAUCUGAAGGCACUGCCUGGAGAUUUUGACAAGAUGAAAUCCGCCGAACUUUUGGACUUCUCAGACAACGUCAUCGAAUCUCUGCCAGAGAGUAUCUGCAAGCUGCCUGCUGUCAGGGAGUUGAAUGUAUCUAACAAUAAAAUUACGCUCGGAUUUCCAAAAGCCUGGGAGACCUUACGGUCUCGGUGUGACAUCAAACAGAACGAGCAGUCGUCAAGCAAGAAACGUGACCCGCAAGAUCGACCAAUCAAAGAGCCGCCUCCAAGUUCACCAAAAAGCGCGAGGAAGAAAAAGGGAGGCCGGAAGUCUGCCCCUCCAGGGAAAUAACUGGAUUAGGAUAAAGUUUUUACUACCACAAGCUACUGUACAUGCAAUACUGUCAUUCUUGAAAUUAGAAAUCAUUUUAUUACUGUAACUAAUUGUAUAAUUUAUCUGUGAAAACGACAUAUAAGCCACAUUUUUUUUCUAUGAUAAUAUAUACCUAUAUAACCUAAUUUAAACUAAUUUAAAUUUUCUCCUUCAAUCUUGUGUUUUUUUAAUUAACUGUGAUAAAAUCGUUGUUGUACUCAAAAGUAUAUACAUAUAUAUAUAUAUAUAUAUAUAUAUAUAUAUAUAUAUAUA